AUCAGUAGAGCAGAGGACUCAGCAAAGUUGCAAAGCAGAGCAGAGCAUAUUUAGCAGAGCAAAGCAGAGCAGCUCUAUAGAACUAGGCCUAUGGUGUGACAUUGAGUUUCAUACAACAUUGGUUUUAGGGAGUAUUUAAUUGUGGUGGUUGUGUGCGAGUCAACUAAUGGAUCAUGAACAUUCGUUGUCUAUUUUCCCUCCAAGCAACGCUUAACCAACGAUUUUACCUGCCAUUCAAAAAUUUCCCUCUUUUUCUCUCCCCAAAUUCAAUCUUCUCUCCUAAAAACUUCCAAACAUUACCCAAAUUUAGCGAAAAUCAUCAAUCUGAUUAUUUCAAUAAUUUAGCUGAAAAGGGUACUAUUUCUCCUACCUUUGUACCCUUUUCUGAGCAUUUAUCAUAUUGCUGCCAGACCAAGUCCCUUGGUCCUGGAUUACAAGUUCAUGCUCAAUUAACUAAAACUGGGUUGUUGAUCGAUGUGAAACUUCGGAACCAUUUGAUUAAUUUAUACUCGAAAUGUGGAGUUUUCGGGUAUGCCCGCAAACUGCUCGACGAAAGUCCUGAACCAGACUUGGUUUCUUGGUCAGCUAUUAUAUCUGGGUAUGUCCAAAAUGGGAUGCCCAAGGAAGCCCUUUUGGCUUUUCUGGAAAUGCACUCUUUGGGUAUUAUUUGUAAUGAAUUCGCAUUUUCGAGUGUGCUUAAGGCUUGUGGAAUUAGGGAGGAUUUGAGGUAUGGGAAGCAAAUUCAUAAGAUGGCGUUGGUUGCCGGGUUUGGGUCUGAUGUUUUUGUUGCGAAUACCUUGGUGGUUGUUUAUGCAAAAUGCAGAGAGUUCGAGGAUUCGAGAAGGUUAUUUGACGAAAUUCCCGAAAGGAGUGUUGUUUCGUGGAAUGCUUUGUUUUCAUGUUAUGUGCAAGGGUAUUUUUUUGAAGAGGCGAUUUGUUUGUUCAAUGAAAUGGUUUCGACUAAUAUGAGACCAAAUGAAUUUAGUCUCUCGAGUAUGCUGAAUGCCUGUGCAGGAAAAGGGGAUGGUACUAUGGGAAGAACAAUUCAUGGGUACUUAAUAAAGUUUGGACAUGAAGCUGAUCAGUUCUCAGCAAAUGCACUUGUUGAUAUGUAUGCUAAAGUUGGGGAAAUUAAAGGUGCCCUUCUUGUAUUUGAUAAUGUUAAGGAACCAGAUAUUGUUACUUGGAAUGCCAUUAUUGCCGGUUCUGUGCUUCACGAAGAACAUGAGUUAGCUUUGGAAUUCUUUGCUCAGAUGAACAGUUCGGGUGUAUAUCCAAAUUUAUUCACAUUAUCGAGUGCCCUAAAAGCUUGUGCAGGAUUAGAACUGAAAGAUUUGGGUAGACAGCUUCAUUCCACUUUGAUUAAGAUGGAUACAAAUGCAGAUUUGUUUACUGGUGUUGGUCUGCUUGAUAUGUAUUCCAAAUGUGGUUCAAUGGAGGAGGCAAAGACUGUUUUUAAAUCAAUAUCAGAGAAAGACUUGAUUGCAUGGAAUGCUAUGAUCUCAGGUUACUCAUCAAAGGGAGAUGAUAAAGAAGCUUUAAAAAUUUUCAUUGAGAUGUAUAAAGAGGGAGUAGGUUUUAAUAAAACUACAUUAUCAGCAGUCCUCAAAUGCAUAACUAGCUUGCAGCAAAUUGAUGUUUGUCAGCAAGUUCACGCAAUUUCCAUAAAAUCAGGUCUUCAAUCUGAUAAUUAUGUUGUGAAUAGCCUUGUUGACUCAUAUGGGAAGCUUGGCAACAUAAAAGAUGCGGCAAAGAAAUUUCAUGAAUCUAAAAUAGGAGAUUUGGCAUCUUUUACUUCCAUGAUUUCGGCUUACUCUCAGUUUGGACUAGGUGAAGAAGCGCUGAAGAUUUAUAAGGAAAUGCAAGCUAUAGGUGUAUUGCCAGAUCCUUUUGCUUGCAGUGCUCUCUUAAAUGCGUGUGCUAAUUUAUCUGCCUACGAACAAGGAAAACAAAUGCAUGUUCAUGUAUUAAAACUUGGGUACAUGUCUGACACCUUUGCUGGGAAUUCCCUUGUUAACAUGUAUGCUAAAUGUGGAUGUAUAGAUGAUGCAAUUCUUUCCUUCUCAAGGCUAAGUGAGAAAGGAAUAGUAUCAUGGUCUGCUAUAAUCGGAGGACUUGCUCAACAUGGGCAUGGAAAAGAAGCACUAAGAUUAUUUGAUCAGAUGGUUGAGGAUGGUGUUUGCCCAAACCAUGUUACUUUAGUCAGUGUCCUAUGCGCAUGCAGUCACACAGGUAUGGUUGAAGAAGCCAAAGAAUACUUCCAAACAAUGGAAAGAUUAUAUGGCAUAAAGCCUACUCAAGAACAUUAUGCUUGCAUGAUUGAUAUCCUUGGUCGAGCUGGGAAAUUAGAUGAAGCAUUAGAGCUUGUGAACAAAAUGCCAUAUGAAGCAAAUGGAGCAGUAUGGGGAGCACUUCUUGGUGCUGCAAAGAUUCACAAGAACGUGGAGCUAGGGCAACGUGCAGCGGAGAAUCUUUUUGCCCUUGAGCCAGAGAAAUCUGGCACGCACAUUCUGCUGGCCAACCUGUAUGCUUCAGCUGGAAUGUGGCAGAAUGUUUCAGAAAUGAGGAAAAUGAUGAAAGAGACUAAGGUUAAGAAGGAGCCUGGAAUGAGUUGGGUUGAGGUGAAAGAUAAGAUUCACACGUUUAUUGUAGGAGAUAAAAGCCACCCCAGAAGUGUGGAAAUAUAUGCAAAGUUGAAUGAGAUUAAAGAUCUCAUGAUGAAGGAAGGGUAUGUACCUAUGCUGGAGACUGAUCUCCAUGAUGUUGAACAAAGCGAAAAGGAGUUGCUGCUGCUUCAUCAUAGUGAAAAACUCGCUGUUGCUUUUUCACUAAUAGCAACCCCACCAGGUGCUCCCAUUAGGGUCAAGAAGAAUCUUCGGAUUUGCUUGGAUUGCCAUACAGCUUUCAAGUUCAUCUGUAAGAUAGUCUCUAGAGAGAUUAUUGUCAGAGAUACAAACAGGUACCAUCAUUUCAAAGAUGGUUCAUGCUCCUGUGGAGAUUACUGGUAAUAUUGAAUUGCAGAAGAUUACAGGAAUCACACAAAUGUAGAACAAAACAUUUUCCUUCACUUACAUAUGUUUAGUUCUCUGUUUUAAUGUUAGACAGAGUUGUGUUUUGCUGUAUAUCUACAGAUAUAGAGAUGAAAUGCUUCAAAAUGUUUCUCCACUUUGUUCCAAGGAAGGAUCAGCUUAUUUUGGGAAUGGUACCGAAAGAAUCUUUUAACAGUGAUCUAACCAUUUCUUGCUUCUAUAUCUUAGUUUUAUGCAUCUAAUGUGCUAAUAUAUUACCUCUAGUACAUGUGCCAGGUACUUGAUGCUCCAUAACUUUGGACAAUUGGAAACUUGGAAUUAGACCAUAAGCAUGAAAUUUGUUUAACAUUGUAGCAGGGUUUGCCAUUUGCAUAAUAAUAUACCUGUCGAGUUUGAAUAACAUAGAUUACAACAUAUUCUGCACAACUUGAGAGUACAAAUAUAUUCUCUAGUUGCUAAGACAGUAAGACAGAAAUGCAAGUACAUUACAUUUGCCUGGAUAUUUCAUAGAACUAAGGAAGUUUACUGGCGCAUUGAAUGAAAAUAUUUAUUUACAAAACAUGAUGUAGUCUGCACCUUGAUAACCUGAUAUAAUACAGAGGUGUUGGGCAGUACCCUCCCACCACAAACACACAAAUAUU